AUGAGCAGUCUUGAUUGUCGCAAUCUACAUGAAAUGCAGAAUUUACAAACUCAUAGAGUCGAGUUAAACAACCUCAUCGAUAAUUCCUUCAAAUAUUUACCUCCCUGUCUCAAGUUAUUGAGCCUGAUCAGUACGGAACCGAUCACACGUAUUAAUAUGGAUCAAUCACUAUCUUUAGAUGCUUUUACAGCUUUCUAUGCUCUCAAAGUUCUUAUAAUCGAUGGCAAAUUCCUUUCUGACAUGUUGUUUUCCCAUUCCAUAGCUCCGUUUCUCAAAGUGCUCGUUAUCACAUAUGCCAAUUUACGAAUAGGUGCUAAUGGACCAGUCCCGAAAAAAGUAAAACUGAGAAAGCUGCAUAUUUCUGCAGUAGUGGAUUUGAUUGAUCAGAAUGCACAGUCGCCUUUUGAUUGA